AUGGGAAUUAAAUGUUCUUAAACCCAAAAUUCAAUGGUAUUAUUAUAGACUCUGCUGACUAUUGAUGAAGUAGAAUAACAAAAGCAUUAAGCUAAUUAAACUUUAAAAUAUAGGUUUCCUGAAAAGUAGAUUUUAGAAAGCAAUAAAACUAAAUUGCAAUUGUAGAAAGAAGAAGAACACCCUCAAUAACCUGAAGAUCCAGGUAGUCCUAUGUAGGCCAUAUCUGAAAAAUCUUCGAAAAUCUGUGUAUAAUCGUAAUUUAAUAAUUCAUGUCCUACAACUUUGAGAUUAAAUGCACAUCAGACUAAUGAUUGUUCUUUUUAACACGAUCAGAGAUUAAGUAUUAAAAAAAUCAACUAUUCUCCUCCAAUAUUAAAUAAUCAAUAUAAAUAAAAAUAAAAAGGGAUAAUAAAAAAAAGUAGAUUUAAUAGUGAUUCCUAAUCGCCAAAUUCAUCUCAAACUAUAAAAUCAGUUAGAUUUUUAAUAGCGGAAUAAGUCAGAGUUAAACACAAUUUCAAAAGAACCAGAAGCUUAUAAAGACGGUAGUCUAACAAACGAUCAAACAAAUCGAUUAUUUAUAGUAAUUGUAAUAAUCCAUUAUAUUACAAAAUCGAAUUGUGA